AACAGAAAGCAGUAAGAAUUAAAAAGGUGGUAAAAAGUUUAGAUUGUUCAAUUAAAGCCCACGCAAAAUUCCCGUAUUGGAAAAUUUCAGCACAAAAAAAAAAGAAAAAGUUCCUGGUUUGAUGAGAAACAUCAAAUUCUAGUUUCAUUCCCAGAUUUCCCUUCAAUCUAUUCUCACUUAGUGAUGUGGUCUCCUCCAUUUUCAUGAAAUUGAGGAACUCAGCAUAUAAGCUAGGUCUGAUUGGAAUGGGGGAAACCAAUGUUGCUAAUUAUGUGGAUAUCGAUGAAGUACCUUCUCCUAAGUUGCAUAAUUAUAAGAAAGUAUCAGUUUUGCCUCUUGUUUUUCUCAUCUUUUAUGAGGUUUCUGGAGGUCCUUUUGGGGUUGAGGAUAGUGUCCAGGCAGCUGGUCCUCUUCUGGCCCUUCUUGGUUUCUUGGUCUUUCCACUCAUAUGGAGUAUCCCUGAGGCUUUGAUUACGGCUGAAAUGGGGACCAUGUUCCCUGAAAAUGGGGGUUAUGUUGUUUGGGUUUCGUCUGCAUUGGGUCCAUACUGGGGGUUUCAGCAAGGAUGGAUGAAAUGGCUAAGCGGGGUGAUUGACAAUGCUCUGUAUCCAGUUCUUUUUCUUGACUAUUUGAAGUCUGGAAUUCCAGCUUUAGGCGGUGGCUUUCCAAGAACUGCAGCAGCUCUAGUUUUGACAUUUGUGCUCACAUACAUGAAUUAUAGGGGUUUGACUAUUGUAGGGUGGGUAGCAGUUCUUUUAGGUGUUUUUUCGAUUCUUCCUUUUCUUGUUAUGGGAAUGGUGGCAAUUCCAAAGAUGGAUCCUUCAAGAUGGCUUGUGGUAAAUUUGCAUGAUGUGGAUUGGAAUUUGUAUUUGAACACCCUCUUUUGGAAUUUGAAUUACUGGGACUCAAUCAGUACACUUGCUGGAGAAGUGGAUAACCCAAAGAAAACUCUACCUAAAGCUCUUUUUUAUGCUCUAAUAUUGGUCGUCCUUAGUUAUUUCUUCCCUCUUUUGGUUGGCACAGGCGCUGUUCCACUCAACCGAGAUAUGUGGACUGACGGGUAUUUCUCAGACAUUGCUAAAAUGCUUGGCGGAGUUUGGUUGAGAUGGUGGAUCCAAGGAGCUGCAGCAAUGUCAAAUAUGGGAAUGUUUGUUGCUGAGAUGAGUAGUGAUUCUUUCCAGCUUUUGGGUAUGGCAGAACGAGGAAUGCUACCUGAAUUCUUUGCUAGGAGGUCUCGUUAUGGAACACCUCUUAUUGGCAUUUUGUUUUCAGCUUCUGGAGUGAUUUUGUUAUCAUGGCUAAGCUUUCAAGAGAUUGUAGCAGCAGAGAAUUUCUUGUACUGUUUUGGAAUGAUAUUGGAGUUUAUAGCAUUUGUACAACUGAGGAUACGACAACCAGCUGCAUCUCGGCCGUACAAGAUACCUGUAGGAACAGUUGGAGCCAUUCUUAUGUGCAUUCCUCCAACCAUAUUGAUUUGCGUUGUAUUAGCUCUUUCAACAAUCAAAGUAAUGGUUGUAAGCCUCAUUGCUGUGGCGAUUGGCCUUGUGCUGCAGCCCUGUCUCAAGUAUGCUGAGAAAAAGAGGUGGAUGAAGUUCUCAGCCAGGGAAGAGCUCCCAGACCUUCCUAAUGCUAACCAGGAGACUAUUUAUUCCUUGGUAGACUAACCAAUACUUGUCAGCGUAUGCAGAGAUGAGAUUAAAAACUGGUGCUUAAAAUGUCAAGAAUCAAUAAUUAUACCCCAUAGUCCAUCUACUUGGCAAGGUAGUAAAUGAUAGCUUUGUGUUUUAUA